UGCUACUGAGCUUGAAGGAGAAUAUUGAGGAAGCUAUGCGUAAAGAUAACGUGAAGGCAAUUGUCAUAACUGGUUCAAGAGGAAACUUCUCGGCAGGAUUUGAUGUAACAGCUUUCGGUGGAAGUCAACGGAGAAAAACACGAAAAGAACUUGGCUUCAUGUCGAUUGAAUUUAUCACCGACACAUUUGAAGCUGCGAGGAAGCCCAUUGUUGCUGCUGUUGAAGGUCUUGCUUUGGGAGGCGGAUUCGAAAUUGCACUAGCUUGCCAUGCCCGGAUAUCAACCUCCUCCGCAAAGUUAGGUCUUCCCGAACUUCAGUAUGGGAUUCUUCCGGGGUUUGGAGGAACACAACGACUUCCUCGGCUGGUUGGCCUUCCGAAGGCUCUUGAAAUGAUUUUGACGUCAAAGCGGGUAAGUGGAGAAGAAGCUUGCAGUAUGGGCCUAGUGGAUGCGAUGUCUCCGUCAGAUCGGUUGCUCGGAUCAGCUUGUCGAUGGGCUUUGGAUAUCUUAGAAUGUCGAAGACCAUGGUCUAUCAGUCUUUCCAGAACAGAUAGAUUAGCACCUCUUGCAGAAGCUAGGACGUUGCUCAAUUCCGCCAGAGCUCGGAUGCGUAAACAAAAUCCAAACGUUAUCCAUCCCUUGGUUUGUAUCGAUGUCAUUGAGCACGGUAUUCUGUGUGGCCCUCGUAAUGGACUAUGGAAGGAAGCAGAAGCUUUACAUGAACUUCGACAAUCUGAUAGUUGCCGGAGCUUAGUGCAUGUAUUCUUCGCAAAACAGCGCACUUCUAAGAUUCCUGGGAUUACUGAUACGGGAUUGCUACCGAGGAAGAUUAGAAAGGUUGCUAUACUUGGCGGGAGCUUGAUGAGUUCCGGAAUAGCAACAGCGCUGGUAUUCGCAAACCAUUAUGUAAUCAUGAAAUAUAUGGAUCAGAAAUCUCUGGAAAACGGCAUUGACGGAGUUAAAGCCGAUCUGGAAGGACGUUUAAAGGAAGGAAAGAUGACUCGAGAGCAUUAUGAAAAAGCGUGCGCGCUUUUAAGGGGUGUUUUGAGCUAUGAUACCUUCAAAGACGUGGAUCUAGUCAUAGAGGAUAUGCUUGACGUUGUCUCGUUGAAGCAACAAAUUUUUGCUGAUCUGGAUGAGUGUUGCCCACCUCGCUGCAUUUUUGCUUCAACUACUUGUAUAGUCGACUUAGAUUUGCUCGGAGAAAGGAUGAAAACAUGUCGGGAGAUUGUCGGAGUCCACUUUUUUAGCCCGCCCACUGCGACUGAUCUCCUGGAAAUUGUCCGAACAGAGAGGACAUCCCCUCAGGUGGUUGUUGAUCUGUUAAACUUUGGAAGGAGGAUUCGAAAGACUCCUAUCGUAGUUCAGGAUUGUACAGGUUUUGCAGUCAGACGUAUGUGCUUCCCCUACUUGCAGGCAGCGAUGUUUCUCGUUCAACAUGGUGCUGAUGUUUAUCAGAUUGAUAAGGCUCUUACUAGCUUCGGGAUGAAACUGGGUCCGUUUAGAAUGCUUGAUCGAGAUGGAUUCCAGUCUGCGGCUGUGUGUGAUGUGAAAUUCCUCGAGACUUUUCAAGAUAGAUCUUACGAAUCAAAUUUGAUUCCAAUCAUGCGGAAAAAUAACCGUGAAGGUGAAUCCACUCGCCAAGGCUUCUAUACGUACAAUGACAAGGGAGAGGCAAGCCCAGAUCCCGAAAUAUCAAAAUAUAUCGAGAUGACGAGAAGUAUGUCUGGUAUCACUAUUAAACCAAAGUUGGCAACGUUGUCUGAUGGAGAAAUUGUUGAGAUGAUUCUUUUCGCUGUACUGAAUGAAGCAUGUCUCAUGAUAUCAGACGCAGUUAUAGUGAAAUCCUCCGAUCUUGAUGUUGCUUCAGUUUUGGGUAUGGGAUUCCCCGAAUACAGGGGAGGCAUAAUUUUUUGGUCUCAGUCUGUUGGCUCGGAAUAUAUCUGUUCAAAAUUGGAAGAAUGGUCGAAGGAGUACGGAGAGUCUUUCAAGCCUUGUGCAUACUUAAUCGAACGAGCUUCCAAGAGAUGUUCUUUGGUGAGAAAUGGUGCGGAAAGUAAGCAGGCCAAGUCGCUUCUGUAAGACUGUGAUGACGACAACAACACAUCAUUCUAAUACGUGGUUCAUAUGUCAGACAUUGUGCGAUGUUGGUGUAAAUUCUCGUGCUUGUUGGAAUUCACACUCGCUACUCCGGUUGCUUGAUCUGUAUGUAGCAUUCACCUAACGGGAUCAUUGUGACUGAGACUGCAGUUUCGUGUUGUAUAAAGUAGGGAUGAUUGCUUCCAUUACUGGUUAAAAGGCUGCAUACGCACCACCCACCCCAAACUCCAGUCGUGGGGAUUACACUAGAUAUGUUGUCGUUGUUGUAGUACACUAGUACUUCAACUCUUCAAGUGCGAUAUACGUAGAAGGAGCUGGUCUAAGGUACUGUUUUCAGCAAAUGACUUUUUCGCUAUU